UGCUGUGUAAACAUUGCUGUACGACACGAGGACAAAGGUUUGUGUGUAAAGCACAGUGGGUCCGUGGCGAGCUGCUGCCGCUGCUGCCGCUGCCGCUGGGGACAGCCGAGCGAAGGGAGACCUCCAGACCUCCAGUCGAAGGCAAACGCUGCACGGGCAAUGCGGUGAACGCGCAGAGUGGUCGCCGCGAGUCGCGUACGCAACAGGAGCCUCUUCCUUUGGGACAUGAAGGUCGGGCCACGCCGGUGUUGUCGGACCAGGACCCAGACACCGCCAUGCAGAAAAGUCUCAACAAGAUGGUGUCCGAGAUGGCCGCCACAUCUGUGCCAAACAUCGCGGUUAUGCUGGAACAAGACAGGAAAGAUUCAUCUGGGACCCUGAAAGCACUCUCCAAGUUCAUGAUUUGCUCCAACGUGUACGACUGGUUCAAACACAAGCCAAGAAGCAGUUCCUAUGAUUAUCUGCCAAACGUGCAUAACAACCCUGAUCUGGAUCAUGACAGCAGUAAAGACAAGAACAAUUCCAGGAGGAUUAAAAAUGAUUUUAAACUAUGGAUUCUUGAGGCAAGAGACCUACCUGGGACCGGAGAAUAUUUCUGUAAAAUUUCGUUCUCAGCCGACCAGCCGUGUGCGCAAACUUCAAGCAAGCGCACGAUGCCCGACGUCUUCUGGGGCGAGAACUUCGAAUUCAGCGACCUCUCCGCUGUGAAGCAGGUCUUGGUUUCCCUGUACAAGGGCAAGGACAAGCACAGGAAGGGAAAGAGCAGUUACAUGGGGCUGGUGUCCAUACCCCUGGGCAGCGGAACAAAGUGGCACCAGUUCGUGGAGCAGUGGUACACCUUCAGCACCCCCAACCUCGGCAAGGGCAAGGGCGCGGUGCCCACAGUGCGCAUCAAGUGGCGGCACCAGCAGCUCAGCAUCCUGCCCAUGGAGCGCUACAAGGAGUUCGCCGAGUUCCUGAGCGCCAGCUGCCUGCCGCUCUGCCUGCUGCUCGAGCCGGCGCUCGGCGUCAAGAGCAAGGAGGAGCUGGCGCGGGCGCUCGUGCGCUUCCUGCACACCGCCGGCAGGGUCACGGGUUUCUUGACAGAGCUGGUGAUGGAGGAGGUGCAGCGCUGUGACCCGGACGUCCUCUUCAGACAGAACACCCUGGCCAGCAAGUCCGUGGAGCAGUUCCUGCGCCUCGUUGGCCAGCCGUACCUUCACCAAGUGCUGGGGGCGUUUCUGCAAGGCAUCAUCAGCAGACGGACUAAAUGUGAAGUGGACCCCAGUAAAUGCACUCAGUCGGAGCUGCAGCACAACCAGAAAGCCCUGGUGCAGCUGUGCAGCGAGGCCACGAGGAGCAUCAUGGCCUCCAUGGGCGUGUUCCCCGCCGAGCUGCGGGACGUCUUCUCGUCGUGGAGGAGGCUGUGCGAGGCGCGAGGGCCGAGCGGAGAUCAGCGAGCGGCUCAUCAGCGCGUCGCUCUUCCUGCGCUUCCUGUGCCCGGCCAUCAUGUCCCCCAGCCUCUUCGGGCUGAGCCAGGAGUACCCCGACGAGCGCACGGCGCGCACCCUCACGCUCAUCGCCAAGGUCGUCCAGAAUCUCGCCAACUUCUCCAGGUUCGGGACCAAAGAGGACUACAUGACGUUCAUGAACGACUUCCUGGAACGAGAGUGGAGCCCCAUGAAGCAGUUCCUGGAGGAGACGUCCCAGGAGAGCGGCAAUCCGAGCGCCCUCGCCUCGCAGGGCAUCGUGGACCCGGCCCAGGAGCUCUGCAGCUUGCACUCCCUGCUCAGCGACACCACCCUGCCCAAGCAGGAUGAGCACGACACGCUGGGCCAGCUUUGCCAAAAUCCUGGAAGACAUCAGCCGCAAUCUGAACUCCGCAGUCUCAGCCGCGGGCGGCUCUGGCGGCGCGUCCCAGGUGUCUGCUCUGUGCCACCCUCCCUCCACAGCCACGGCAGGAAGCGUCACAGAUGAAGACGG